AUGGUCCGGCCUAUCGCUGUCAUGCGCGAGACAUGGAACAUCUACACUCCUGUCGAACGACGGAACAUCGGCAUCUACAUCGCCGGCAUCAUGAUGUACAAGUUCGGCCUCGAGGCAUUCAACGGAUCUGUCAUUGCGCUUGCGACAAAUCGAUACGAUGAACUCGAGAAGAAAACGCACAUCUCCAUUACUUUUCAACGUGUCGGCGUCUUGACUGGACUGAAUCAAGCCUUUCAGUGUGUUGGAUCUAUACUGAUCGCGCCACUCAUCAAAAGAUAUCCGACGAAGAACGUUCUGGCAUGUGCAGUGCUUAUAUUCGCCUUCAUGAGCAGCGUCUUGCUCAUCUUAGACGCUGCAACUGGCGGCAAGUUCGCACCGCGCGGAUGGGCAAAGGAUGACUUCAGCUACUACGGUGACUAUGAUACCGACGCCAUGAUCCCCAUCUAUUGCGUCUGUGGUAUAGUCUACGGCAUGGUCGAAUUGAUCCGGCGAGUCAUUCCGCGCGACUUGGUUGGCGGCAACAUCCAAAAGCUUCGACGUAUGGACUCUCUGGUCCAUAUCUUCUACGAGAUCAGCGGCACUGCUGGUGCCUUUUGCACAGCACUUGCGCUCAUUCCCCGGUUCGGCAACAACUUCAGCUUCAUUAUCACGCCCAUAUUCUUCGCCGCCGCAUCCAUACUCUGGUACUUCAUUGAGGAAGCCAGCAUACCGAAGGAAGGCAGAUCUCUGAUCUUGGAGAGUCAGCCAACCUAUGUCAAGGCCGUGAUAGGCGGAUUCUACCUCUUCUUCGAGUCCGUUGGAACCGGUGCUAAGAUCAUCUUCAAGCACCGCAAGUUUAUCUGGCUGUUACCCGGAUAUGCUGUCGCGCUUUAUGCGCACCGAUACCUCGAGAACGCAAUCGCUCCUGCCGUAGCACGCCGCUAUUUCGGAAACUCGGCAUGGUCACAGAUCAUAGUGGGAGGCUCAAACUUCGGCGAACUGCUAGGAGCGCUGUUUGUAUUCAUGUUCACGAACUUGGUGCACACUCCGAUACCAUGGCUUCGGCUAGACGCCCUGGCUCUCCUGAUAGUCUGGUAUCUACCUUUCUGGAACCCACCCAAGAACGACGUGGCUCAAGCUUGGAUCGUGGGAGCGACGUUCCUCCCCAUCAGUUUCGGGUGGGCUGCCGGCGACGUAUCGCUCGCCGCAUACAUUCAGGCAUCACUAGCGCGCAUCGAGUCGAAGACUCAGAACGUAUCUGCACUCGGUGCCGUCAUGGCGUUCCUCUACAGCACAUACAUCGUCACGUACGCGAUCGCAUCCGUUUCCCUCGGGACCUACAUCGACCGCGUUUCCGAUCGCCACAACGAACAGAUACACGGGGCUGUGUUGAACGUGGCUGCUGUACAGUUCACCAUCAUCAGUGUGCUGGUCUUGACGAGUACCUUUGUGCCGAAAGGCGCCUUUGCACUAAACCCCAAGAUGCUCAGUGAGGAGGACCUGGAUACCGAUUUGGAGGACGAGGAUCUGGAGUAUGUACCCGGAGUUCAGGUCAAAGGCAAGCGAAGCUACGAAAGCCACGAGAUGACCAGCGCCGGUGGCGUAACAACCCCCCAAGCCGACCUGCUGGCCUCCAAAUCAAACUACGAACUAAUCUCCUCUGGCCAACACCUAGAGAUGGGCCUCCACUUCAGCACCGCCAUGGCCACAGGCGUAAUGAUGAAGCGCGCCACGCAUCGCGCCGCCGAACAAGCCCGGCGUGAUCGCAUGAAAACCGCCAUGGUAGAUCUAGCUGAAUUCUUACUCGACGGCGAAGUCACGUUCGGGAGCGGGACCACGUGUUUUGUCGUUAUGAGAGGGAAAGACGGCGAGGAUGGGAGCGAGAAGGUGACGGAUGGUGCCGAUGACGAUGUGAGGAGUGGGAAGGGGUCUGUGCCGGGAGAGAAGAAGACGGUUAAUAAAGCGCGUUUGAUAGAGAUGGCGUUGGAGAAGAUGAAGGCGCAGGAGAAGGAGAUUGAGCUGCUGCGCAAGGAGAUUGAGGGGUUGAGGACGGGCGGGGACAGUAUGGAUGUCUCGUAG